AUGGCUACACAACGUAUAGUCAUAUGCUGCUUAGUAACGUACGCCUUGGCCAUGGCCGCAGCAGCAUCGGAAGCUGAGCCUCCGGUGGCAAGGAAACUCGGUGGACACGACUGGCCAAGCACGGAGGCCGAAGCACCGGAAGUUUCACAUUUGGAAGAGACUGUACGGCGAGGCCACCACCAUUCUACGGUGGACAGAUCAGUCGCCGGCGGUGGAGUUAUUAUCGGCGGCUUAGCGACUACAUUUUUUGUGGCGGUGUUUUGUUAUAUAAGGGCCACAAGGAAACAAAAACCCAAUUAUGAUGAGGAGGCUGAGACUCCCAAGGUUUUAGUUUAA